AUGCAAACUUCGGUUAAUGCAAUUGAAAAGGCGAAUGUGCUUAGAAAAGAAUUUUUGGAAAUCGAAAUAAAUCACGAUGAAUUGUUAUCGAUUGAGCAAUUUUAUAGAUGCCUGGAUAAGAAAUUAAGAAGACAAUUUGAUAGAGAAUUGGGAGAUCAAUUAUAUCAAAGAAUGAACAAAAGUUUUAAUAACAAAAUCACUGUGGAUGAAUUUAUCAAGGUGUUUCUCCAAGCAGAGGAGAUCUUGAAGAAUAAAAUCGAAGGUUGUAAAAAGCAGAUCUUAGAUUAUAAUAAAUAAAGAAAAUAUGUAUCAAGCCAAUUUGAUUCAAUUAAAGAUAGUGAAAGAGUUAAUUAAUACGGAAUAAAGGAGGACAGCCACUUGACUGUUGAAUUGUUGGAAGGAAUCAAUUUUCCAGCUUAAAAUGUAUCAGUAAUUUUAAAAUUGGAAAAUUAAAAAUAAGAAAUCCAAUAACAAAAUGGACCAUCACUUCAAUGGAAUAAGACCCUUAAUUUCAAGAUUUCAACUGGCCUCGAAGAAUUAUAAUUGUUUUUCUACACUAUAAACCAUCCUAACAUACCACAAUUACUGGGAACUGUGACUUUGUCCUUGUCCCACUUGACCAAUCAAACCAAAAUUGAAGAUUGCUGUCAAUUAUUUGAUAAAAAUGGAUAACAAACACAGACCAAAAUUAAAUUGAGAUCAUAAUGGAUCUUUAACGAUUCGAAAUCAUUGAGUCAUUAAAUCGAGGUCUGGAAUGAGUAAAUAAAAACUGCCUAAGAUGAUCUAAUUGACUUUGAGAAAGAUCUCGCUACACUCUAUGAACCCUUUCCAAAUUACGUUCAACUCAUUCGCAGUAUAGAAAAAGAAGAUCUGGCUAUAAACCAUUAACCACCCAAUACUUUAGUGAUGACACCAAUCAAUAAUGUUAGUUCUUAAUAUGAUUACAAAUUGUAUACGCGCCUGAGUAUACUAAUUGUAAUGGGACUUAGUGUAUUUAUUUGUUUUGGAAAGACUCAAUUUUUGGAUCUAAUUAUAUGCUUCUUCUUCAUUAUCGAAUUUGAAUUCAAUAGACUUUACAAAUAGCGUUUGAUAUACUAUUCUGUAGCCGUGGGCAUCUCAUUGUUAUGUGAUUUGGUGUGGGCAAUCAAGUAUUCUAGAGGGUUUUGGGGUAGUGAAGCCACUGAGACUGAUAAAUAUUAUGCCAUAGAGAACGGGCCCAAUAGAUUAGCCUUGAUUUUACUUUAUGUGUCUUUCGUAUUUAAGUUAAUUUUAUGUGCACUUUUAGGAGCAUUAAGUCAAGAGAUGCCAGAGAAAUUGGAGGAACAGUUGCCGAAUAAGAAUAAAUAAGGGAAAUAAUAAUUGUUGUAUUAAAAAAACAAGACUGCUUAAUUUGGUGAGGAUAACAGCACAUUUUACAAUUAUUGA